AUGAUACCCAAUCCGCCUAUAUUACGACCCUCUACGUCGACGAUAGCAUAUAUGUUGGCCUUGGUGUUGAGCCUGUUGCUCUGCGCCCCUGGAUAUACCGAAGCUUUACAAAACUCCAUCUUCGAUCAUGAAACACUUAUCGAUCGAAGCGAUACGUCCGGAUUGUUAUACGAACCCAACUUUGCGCCAUUCGAUCGCAGCAUCAUCGGGCGUGCGCAAGCGGACCAGCCAUUGUUGACCAACAAUGGCCCUGAUAGCAGAUCGAUAAUUCCUGGAGGGACCGUGUGUUAUGUUGUGGAUAAGAAGACGUUAUUCGGUGACGACAAGAGGGACGAUGCCGAUGGAUUAACAGAUGUAGAUAUGGAGUCAGGCCACCAAAACGUUCGUCGAGCAAAGACAAAAACCGUUUAUAUUUCCGCCAAUACUUGCUCCAGACCAACUUUAAAGUCUAAGGAUAAAAACGGGAAGUUUGAGUCGACGCCGCAAAUUAGUCUUUACACCUCAACAACGAGCAAAGUCAAGUGUCCAACCUUCGGCAACUACAAUAAGAGCAAUCCUGAUUUGAAGAAAAUACCAUUCAUGGAGGGCGCGGUUACGCUGACCAUGAACGCCACCGAUGAUAUCUAUAUCAGCGUCGUGGCCCCUAAUCUUACUCAAAAGUACGACGGAGAAUGGAGUUAUCAGGUCGCCAUUUCUCUCGACGAGUACUAUCACAACUACGACGCUCAGAAUGGGACCGCCCGACUAUUGUUGAUGGAUUCUGACUCAACAUCGGCACUUCUCGUCACUAGCAACCUGACUCAGGAUUCAAGCAAGACUCAGCAGAUCAUGAAGACACCGCCUCCUUAUCAAAUCUUUGUCGGCGAUGAGAAAUCAAGAUCCAUUGACGGCCUACGACAUUCCGCUUGUGGACUUACAAGGAGUGCAGAAAUUUGGGCCAAUGGUGAGAGGACAGGACGUCACAACGAUAUGGUUACUACUGGCGUCACGACACGAGGACCUGGUAAAUUGCCCAAGCAGCAAUUCCUGAUCGCUGGUCUUAAUCACAGCACCACGUACUCGGGUAUCCUCGUCAAGAUGCCGGAUAAGAACAGCAAGAGGGAUACAUCUGGACAAACGAUAGGGGGUGGAGGCACUAUUUAUCGUGCUACUACGUUCCAGACUUCAUCCAGUACGAACUGCAAGAUGGUUACAAAUCUUGACUUCUGCAACGAGACACAAUAUGCUGUUCCUGGCAAUGACAAAAAGUUCAACAACACCGCGCUGGCAAAACACUACGAUGACUAUGCCAGGAAGAUGUAUGCCAACUUUGAAAAAGUCAUAGCGCAAAUACCCUGCGAGGCUCCUCCUGAGUCUCGCUACUCGCUAGCACGAACCUGCGAUCAAUGUCGUGAAGCCUACAAGCGCUGGCUUUGCACCGUCAGUAUCCCUCGCUGUGAGGACGUGAUGGGUGGCGGCAGACAUAGCGUUGUUCGUAAUGCUUUCCAGGCCUUUCCCAACGGAACCACACUCCCUGAUGAUUUCCGCAAGGGUCUCAGGUCAUCUGCAAACAAUUCCUCGCGCAAUGCUUGGAUCGAUCAGACUGUCGAGCCCGGCCCAUACAAAGAGCUGCUACCCUGCGAGGACAUCUGCUACGACGUCGUCCAGUCAUGUCCAGCUGCCAUAGGCUUCACUUGUCCCCAGCCCGGGUUCCCGAGCUUUGGCGUGAGCUACGGGCAGCGGGAUCCGGAGACUUCUGGUAUAACGUGUAACUACCCUGGCGAGGCGAGGACAAGAAUCAGUGCAGCGGAGGUCCUUCGCCCAGGCACUUUAGUGCUGAGUGCGGUGUCAUUGAUGAUUUGGCUGGCACUAUAG